GAAAAGGAAAACAGAAAAAAAAAAUCACUCUUACGUAAAUAACCAUUAUUAAUUCCGUUACCAAAACUUCAAACCCCGUCUUCUUCUCUGGGGAGAGAUUGAUCUCUGACAUAGCUUCAAAUAAUUUACCAGCUACAAUAUGGUGAGAUCAGUGAAAGUUAGCAACAUCUCUUCGGGUGCAACCGAGCAAGAUUUGAGGGAAUUUCUUACUUUCCCGGGAACAAUCGAACAUAUUGAAAUGCAAAGUGACACCGGAGGUUCCCAAGUUGCACAUGUUACCUUCAGUACUCCAGACGGGGCUGAAACUGCAGUUCUUCUCUCGGGAGCAGUGGUGUGUGGACAGUCUCUAACCAUAGAUUUGGCUCCAGAAUAUGCUCUCCCUGGCUCUACUGCAUCUGAAACACAGACUAGUAAUGAUGAGAAUCCUGAAUCUGGUUCUGGUUUGAGAAAGGCAGAGGAUGUUGUAACCAGCAUGCUUGCUAAGGGUUUCAUUUUGGGAAAAGGUGCAUUGGACCGAGCAAAAACCUUUGAUGAGAAGCACCAGCUUAGUUCCAAGGCGACAGCAAAAGUUGUUUCUUUGGACCAGAAGGUUGGUUUAAGUGAAAAGAUCAGUGCUGGGACAGUUUUGGUGAAUGGCAAGGUUAAAGAAAUGGAUGAGAAAUACCAAGUAUCUGAGAAGACCAAGUCUGCAAUUUCAGUGGCUGAGCAGUCAGUGAGUAGUGCUGGAUCAGCCAUAAUGAAGAACCGUUAUGUGUUGACUGGGGCUACAUGGGUCACAGGUGCUUACAACAGGGUUGCUAAGGCUGCUGAGGAGGUGGGACAGAAAACUAAGGAGAAGGUUUUGGCACAGGAUAAUCAAGGAAAGACUGAAGAAGGUAAUGUCCAAAACCCCACGUCUGAAACCACCACACCUAAUGAACCCUCCAAACCUGGACCUCAUCAAGCCACCACGGGUGAUCAUCCUUCCAAUCCUGUAACAACUCAAGCUUUGACCACGGGUGAUCAUCCUUCCAAUCCUGUAACAACUCAAGCUUUGACCACUGGUGAUCAUCCUUCCAAUCCAGUAACAACUCAAGCUUUGACCACAGGUGAUCAUCCUUCCAAUCCUGUAACAGCUCAAGCUUUGACCAAGGGUGAUGUUCCUUCCAAUCCUACAACAACUCAUGGUAUGACCACCGGUGAUCAUCCUUCCAAUCCUGCAACAACUCAAGCUUUGACCACGGGUGACCACCCUUCCAAUCCUGCAACAACUCAAAGUUUGACCACAGGUGAUCAUCCUUCCAAUCCUGCAACAACUCAAGGUUUGACUCUCUGAUAUGCAAACGCCUGUCUGUGGAGUUUGGGUUAUAUUAUAUGAACAUGUUAGUGAAUAUAUGGGAAGUUAGAUGGUAUAUAUCGAAUAAGUUACUGUACUGUAAAAAUAAAAUACAACUGAAGAGCUUCUGUGUAUUGAUUCUUCUCUGAGAGAUGACUAUUUAAGUAUGACUAAUCAUUACAAUGAUUUGUAUUCCGCAAAAUAAACUACUGAGAUUACUCUAA